UGUUGUUUUCCGGCAAUGGCGGCCACCGGUUGUUCGCCGCGCACUCCGUGGGCACGGCCAGAGACACAGAGGGGCGGUUCGUGAAUGUGAUUUGCCGACGGCGAUGCUAACACUAACUGUAAUACUAACGGCAAGAGUAACGGUAAUGACAGCGGUAAUGUCGGAUCGAGCUUGCAACCGUGUCCACAAGUGCGAGUGCAGAUACAAGAGUCCACAAACAGAACACACCCAUACUCCGCUGAGAGUGCACACCCCUCCGCAUCCACUCCUGCAGGCAGAGGCCGCUAGAACGGACAAGGACCUGACAAGGAACACCACAGGGACGGGCCACAACCGAAUCAAUUGGAAUUCAACAGCCCGAGGUGGAUUCUCUGGUUGGGGAGACUGAGACCCAUUGAUGUAGCCGCGAUGGGGGCCAAUACAUCGAGCAGAGCCGACGCGAGUCUGCUCGCCGACGAUGACGUUAAUUUUGAUCACUUCCAAAUACUCCGUGCCAUCGGCAAGGGAAGUUUUGGCAAGGUCUGCAUAGUGCAGAAGCGUGACAGCGGCAUUCUUUAUGCCAUGAAGUAUGUGAGUCGCAACGCCUGCGAGAUGCGUGGAGCGCUUGGCGGUGUCAUCAAGGAGGUUGAGCUGCUAUCCUCAUUGGAGCAUCCGUUUCUCGUCAAUUUAUGGUUCUCGUUUCAGGACGAGGAGGACUUAUUCAUGGUAUGCGACCUGUUGACUGGUGGCGAUUUGAGAUAUCACUUGCAGAACCGAGUUGAAUUUUCCGAGCAGAGUGUGGCCUUAUUAGUCUGCGAACUUGGUAGUGCGCUGGAGUACCUGCAGACACAACGGGUGGUCCACAGGGACAUCAAGCCAGAUAAUAUUCUAUUGGAUGAUGGCGGACACGCUCAUUUGACUGAUUUUAAUAUUGCGACAAGGCUGCAGAAAGAUGCGAUGGCCUGCAGCAUGUCGGGGACGAAGCCGUAUAUGGCGCCAGAGGUGUUUUUGUGUGCCCUGGACGAAGUGGCUGGCUAUAGCUACCCAGUGGACUGGUGGUCCCUGGGCGUUGUGGCCUACGAGAUGCGAAGCAACGUCCGCCCUUUUGUGGUGCACUCGAACACGCCCCUGGCGGAGAUCAAGAACAUCCUGAACACACCAGUGCACUAUCCCCGCCAUUGGAGCAGCAACUUCAUUGAUCUGCUGCAAAAGCUGCUCUCCACGUAUCCCGGCGGCAGGAUCAGCACCCAGCAGGAGCUGCAUCAGACCCCGUUGCUGAGGAACAUUGACUUUCAGCAGGUGCUCGAGAAGAAAAUAAAGCCCAUCUUCAAGCCUCCCGAAGACCACCUGAACUGCGACCCCUGCCUGGAACUGGAGGAGAUGAUUGUGGAGACGCGGCCGCUGCACAAAAAAAAGAAGCGUCUAGCCAAACAGCGCUCAGCACAACGAGACAGCGAUCCCGAGACCGUGCUCGUCAAAGAGUUCAUCGUCUACAAUCGGUACAAAGAGCUCAAGCGGAGGAACAUGGAACAGAAAGAGAACGACUGGCAGCGGGAGCUCGAGUUGGCCAUGGCCAACUCUAUAGUCAACAGCUUGGCCCCCAUCCAAGAGAAGCCCGCUUCGUCCACUUCCACGUCUAUUAGCCAUGCAGCAAACCCCACGAUCUCCACUCCCACCACGGCGCACGCUCCAGCUGUCACGAAUUCACCAUCUAGAAGCUCAAGGUGCUCCGCCUGCAAAGAGAGUGACAGCAUUGAAUUCAUAGAUCGCACGCCCUCCCCGCAGGGCACAGCCGGCGGAGCCAUUGCUGCCACCCCGACACAGCUCUACAACACUUUGGACAAGGCAACGAUCACGGCACAAAAGUAGUGUCAAAAAACUAUGACUGUCACCCGAACCCUCCCUCCGCAAGGAACUAAUGAAAAAUAUAUGUACACAUGUAUCAUCAUAUGGCAACGUAACAGGUUUCACUGCGAACACACCCAAACGCCCCAUGCCCCAAACACAUAGCCUGCACCGAACCGAACGAUGAUUGGACGACCAGCACCUUUUUUCAAGUUCCGCUGAACGUGUAGAUAUAACACAUAAAACUAAGAAUAAUUUAUAAUUGGAUGUCUUUAAGGGUAUUUAUAUUAUCUAUCUAAGUCUUAAGUCUAAGUCCCUUUGUACAUACAUAUGUACAUAUGUGCGUAUGUGUGGUUAGAUGUUAGCUGAAAUCAAAAUAAAUGUAAAGAGGCACUGCACCAAGCGGGGUUGGUUUACCUCUUUCUUUUCGAAUGUUCGCAAGAGCUCAAUCAAACUGGCAGCGUAAUUUCGAUUUUUUUGAAGUUUUUAUUUCAAGUUAUAUUUUAUUCAUGUUUCACAUAUUUUUUGUAAUGCCUUUCUUUGUAUAAAAAAGAGUAAAUAAUUAUGUUCUGUAUGUAUAAUUGUUGUAUUCACGCACUUGUUGAUCUCUCGUUAUUUAUUUUAGUUUUGGGUUGGUGUUAUUAUUGGAUUGGUGUUUGUGUCGAAAGUGGCAAAACACUAACCAAAUUACGAUAAUAAACUAAUCCCCUUCUGUAUAUUAUUUAUCAGCAAAAUGCAACAUGUUAAUAAUUUUUAAUUUCUCUGGUUCUAUCCGCGGUCUCUCGAUUUCAUUUGUGGGCUUUCACGGUUAGUUUAAUUUCACAUGUGACGAAUAUCAUUUUAACAUCUUUCCACCAUCACUCCCAUCUCACACACCCCGUCGUCAGCAGCUCAACUGCAUUGCGGGGUGUGGUGCGGUCGGAAGAUGGUCGCUGGGUCUCGUUGCGAGUGUGAGAAUGUAGAUAAAUAAUCA